ACGACCUGCCGCCUGCCACAUCUGGAGACGCUUCCUAACACGAGAAACUUCAACUUUUGCGUUUACUCUGAGCAGAAACACUCAGGCGUUUGCGAACUGUCAAUCCGUCAGGGAUAAUUUGGCUUUCUCGUGAUAGUAAGUAUAGAUUCUUGAAGCCAAGUUGGCGUUUCUCUCUUUCUCUGAGCUUUUUUACAUCACCAUUGCUAAACAGAGCCCGUUUGGGAGUUUCAUACAUUCAGUUGCUGUGUGAACUGCCACGCUAGAUUGUGUUAUAGCCUAAUUAUAACGCGGUUUCUGGGAAUAACAUAAAAAUACACAUGUUGUGCUUUCAUGAGUAAAAAAGAAGGAAAUGGAACCGCAGCAGUGCGUUGAUUAAGUUGAUUCACGCAAACAAAUCUAUGAAGAGUUUGUAAUUUCACGCUUUGCUCUGUCACAAGAUUAUUAUUUUAUUUUUUAUCGUUAAAUGUUUAAAGUAAACCCUGUCUGAGGCCACAUCUGCUGCUUCACUGCCGCCUGCACGAUAUUAGCCUACUGGACUGCGUUGAUGGUGACAUGAGUCAGAGGGAAUCAAAUUGUGAAAUUCAACAGCGACUUGUGAUGGAGUGAUACCUUUCUGGCUUAUUUGUGUCCAACACUGAUCUAACAUUUUGGAAGAGAGAACUGGAAUAAGCCAUAAGGCGCACAGCUCCAUACUGAAGUGUUUAAGUUAGUCUGAGGGGAAAUUUAAAAGACCUAAAAAUACAGCGUUGGUUUCUUCCCUACAAAGAAUCAUUUGAACUUCCCACCGCAGAGCGAGAGCGACAUAAAUAGUUCUGACAUGUGGAUGUAAUUUCAGAAGAGGAAAAAAGACAGAUGCAGAGAAAUAAAGAGAGCGGGCUGAGCCUGAGCAUAUAGAUUAUAGGAAAUUAAAUCGAGGGCAGAGCGAGGCGAUUACAGAGUUAUGAUUUCACAAGCCGCCAUAAGCAUCGAUAGGCCAGAUGGAGUGAAAAAACACAACGCGUUCCACUUUGAAGAGAGUUAAGUAGAUUAAAUUAUUUCAUCUGAGCAUCAUCAGUGCCUGUUUGAGCCCCGCAAGGACUUUUGGAGGUAGAGUUGCCUCAGGUCAGGGAUGGGAUCCGCUCUGCUGCUCCACAAUCUGGACUUUCUUCUCAUCUCACUACUCAGUGGUUUAUGCCUGGCUUUCGCAGAUGAUGUGCUUACGAAAGAUGAACAAAUAGGCCUGUUGGUCAGAGCCAAACGGAAGUGUGAGGGGAACAUCAAGUCAAAGCAGAAGGUUCCUGAUGGUUACUGCUCACCAGAAUGGGACGGCAUUGUUUGUUGGCCUGAAGGGCCCCCAGGAAAGCUUGUAUCCACCUCCUGUCCAGAGUAUAUCCAUGACUUCAACCAUAAAGGACUAGCAUACCGUCGGUGUGACAACAACGGAACGUGGGAACUGGCCACAGCCAACAAGACAUGGGCCAAUUAUAAUGAAUGUGCAAAAUUCCUCUACCAUUACAACCACAGCCAUGAAAAGGACGUCUUUCACCGUCUGUAUCUCAUCUACACAGUCGGAUAUUCCAUCUCUCUGGGAUCACUCAUGGUGGCUGUGGUCAUCUUGGGAUAUUUCCGACGAUUGCACUGCACCAGGAACUACAUCCACAUGCACCUAUUUGUGUCCUACAUGCUAAGAGCUAUCAGUAUUUUUGUGAAAGAUGUUGUGCUCUACUCUGGAUCGGCCUUAGAGAACAUGGAAAGAGUCACAGUUGAAGACCUCAAGUCCAUCACUGAGGCUCCGCCAGCCAACAAAACACAGUUUAUCGGCUGCAAGGUGGUUGUGACCUUGUUCUUGUACUUUCUGGCGACCAACUACUACUGGAUCCUUGUGGAGGGUCUGUACCUCCACAGCCUCAUCUUUAUGACCUUCUUCUCAGACAGAAAGUAUUUAUGGGGAUUUACUCUGAUUGGAUGGGGAGUACCAGCUAUGGUUGUGACAGUUUGGGCAACUAUGAGAGCCACGUUUGCAGACACAGAGUGUUGGGACUUAAGUGCCGGCAAUUUGAAAUGGAUAUAUCAAGUGCCUAUCCUGGCAGCUAUAGUGGUUAAUUUUAUGUUAUUUCUGAACAUCAUCAGAGUCUUGGCAACUAAACUACGAGAAACAAAUGCUGGAAGGUGUGACACAAGACAACAGUACAGAAAACUGUUGAAGUCCACGUUGGUGCUGAUGCCACUCUUUGGUGUUCACUACAUCAUAUUCCAUGCCAUGCCGUAUACAGAGGUGUCUGGAGUUCCGUGGCUGAUACAGAUGCACUAUGAGAUGCUUUUCAACUCCUUCCAGGGAUUCUUAGUUGCAAUUAUAUACUGCUUUUGCAAUGGGGAGGUGCAAGCUGAGAUCAAAAAGUCCUGGAGCAGGAGGACUCUGGCCCUGGACUUCAAAAGAAAAGCUCGGAGCGGCAGCAACACUUACAGCUAUGGGCCUAUGGUAUCAAACACCAGUGUUACCAAUGUCACUGCCAGAGGGCCGCUGGCCCUCCACCUCACCACAAGGCUGGGACCAGUGCCUGUGAACGGUCACAGGAACCUCCCCGGGUACGUGAAGAACGGCUCUGUCUCUGAGAACUCUAUACCCUCCUCGGGACAGGAGCUUCACAUUCCUGAUGAGGACCAUUCGGCUCAUACACGGGUCUGCGAGAAGGAGAAACCCUCACCCGUGGUGGAGGAGGAGAGGGAGACAGUCAUGUGACCUCCAGGCCGCUGUGUAUAGGGAUGAAAACUGAAAAACAAAACCAAUCAUGAAACAGUCUCAGGGCGGUCUGAAGGGAACGGCUGCAUGCAUUAACACUGCCAGUUUUUUCUCCUGUGAAUCAAGCCAGAACAUUGCCGACAGAUGAGGCUCACGGCAAAAGGGUGUAUCACUUUUGUGAGCUGGGCCACCUUUAUUUGAGAGAUGAUGACCCUCAUUGUUGUGGCAAAACACUCUCUUUUACCAAACACCUGCCAGAGUGAAUGUGUAAAAGGAUAAAAACAGACUGCCGUUUUUUAUUUCUUUUCCACUGCCGUAACUGUUAUGUUGUUUUCUGUUUGCUUUUUUUUGUGCGCCGCUUUUGUGCAUAAAUCGUGGGGUUAGUUAGGUAGUAGUUGCCAGGAACAGCCUUAAUUAUCACCUAUGUAAAGCCAGGUGCAUUCUGAGUGCACUUAGUGACACAUGUGUGGGCAAUUUAAUCAGCAAGUAUUUGGAUUAAGUUAGCGUGAGUAGAAGUAGUAAUUGUAGGCUCAUCUUAAAAAAAAAUGAAUGCUACUAUUUUGGGGCAUCUGUUCAUGCUUUCUGGCAUGACAUCUCAUUUGUUCUGCAUUGACUUAAAUCCACUUCAGUGUAAAAGGGAAGGUACUCAGGUAAUUGAAGUCCUCAUUUGUUGCACACCGUUUUUUUUAUACUUUUAAAGUGGUGUUUUAGCAUGGUCAGCAUUUCUCAGAGGGUGUUGGUAUGUAAUAUAAGUCUGUGUUAAAUAUUCUUUUUUCAAAAUGUUGUACAGUUUCUGCUUUAGAAAAAAAACAGUAUUCAUCUCUCUAAUUACAACAGAUUUCAACAAGUUCAAAUGAAUGUUUCAUAUUCAAAUUUUCUCCAAAAAUUCUCUCUCUCUCUCUCUCUCUCUCUCUCUCUCUCUCUCUCUCUCUCUCUCUCUCUCUCUCUCUCUCUCUCUCUCUCACACACACACACACACACACACACACACACACACAACAUGAUGCCAAAGUAAGAAUAUCUUUUGGAGACUGUCUCUUUCUUUGGGUUCAGCAUUAGUUGAGCUUAAGAAGAAAUAUAUGGAAAUCUGACAAAACCGGUAUCAUAUGUUCCCACAGUCAAGUUUUCAAAGUACGAGAACCCAGUUAAAAACACAGGGUGCGGGAAACGGUCAUGUAUUCCAGUGGAAUGUUAAUUAAAUGAGGAUUCCAAGAAAAUCUCAUAUUCCAUUGGAAUUCCAAGAGUGACAUUUGUGGUAGAUAUGAAGGAAAAGCCAGACAUGAACAACACACAGUAAUUCUUUCAGAUGAUCCAGUGUUAUGCUGCUUUUUGAUGUGUAUAUACAAGUCACAAUGUUUACAAAGAUCAGAAAUACAUUCUAAUUGUGAGCUAAUAGUGUUCAUGUGUACGAAUAUGUUAUAAUGCUGUUUCAAUGUUUUGUUUUUUUUCAUGUAAUUGUUUACGGAAUGUUUGCAAUAUUUGGUUAUGUAUAUAGUCCAAAACAAAACUGGUGAAUAUAUGUACAGGUGACGGAGGGCAUUCAAACUAGCAUUUAAUGAAGCAUUCCACAAGAUAUUUUAAACUCUGUAACUUUUCAUUUUGCAGGUUAAGUGUGGUAAAUUAAAAGUUACAGAGUUUAAAAUACCAUCUGUUAUACCAAAGAGAAAAGGCUUAAUACCCUGCCAGAGAAAAGGUUAUUUUGCAGCAUUGUUUUCUAUUUUCAUCCACCAUCUUGUUUACAGUGACCAAAAAUUCUUAAAGUUGCAGUAAAAUCACCCUAUCUUACCAAACAAAAAAAAUAUUUGCUUGUAGUUAGUGUAGGAAAAUGUCAAGAUAAAAAUGGUUCAAUAGUGCACCCACACAGAUCAAAGUUUCUUUAGAAAAACUCAGUUUCAUGUAAACAGCAGUGAGGCAAAUGAGAAAACUAUUCCCAACACUCAGUAGCUUAGUAACAAUGGACUGAGACCAUUAAUAUCAAAGGCAAUUUUGUUGCUCUACUUGGAUUUUUGGUCUGAAGUGCUAAAUGAGUUGCUAUUUGGUUUGGACUAAUAUGUCUGAUAGAAUUGUGAUUUAGACCCUAGUCAGCUAAAUGGAGUUUUACCUCACAUUAAUUUCAAUAUGUGACCAUAGCUAAUAUUUGCGGUUGUAGGCAGUGUUACCACCCAUUAAUUUGCUCUCUUAUCCCAUCUGCUGUUGUGUUCCACUGGUGACUUCACACUGACUGAAUUAUGCUCCCAAUACCCUGAUCACCAGUUUUUCUCCACCUGAUGCUAGAUACAUUGAGGUGUAUGCUUUGACUCAGUUUUGAAAGGUUAAAGCCUGGUCUGUUCCAGUUUGUACUGCCUACAAGUCCAGCAAAUGUAUUCUGCUUCUAAAAGAGUAGAUAGCACUAACAUUAGUUUAUAUGUUUAAAUAGAUGUAGACAACUUCACAAACUCUCCACUGCUUUUCCAUUUAGCAGAUGUUUAAAGGAUAUGUCUGGUAAUGUCCUAUAUUUUUCUUAUUGUCAACAAAUCCCAUGAUCCAAAUACCAAAACAAACUAACUUAUGUGCCAUAUGCCUCUAUUGUGGCCCAAAAACUAUUAAAAUAAAAUAUAAUACAAUAAGAAGUGGGCACUGUAGUUUAUUUUGAGUCAAUCUCACAAACACCUGAGUCCUGGGUGCGUAAAUACUCACACACACACCAAAUGUGUAAUAAUCAGCAGCUGCAAAUAGUCCCCAAGAGAUGCGCAAUUCAUGUUUGAGUGACGUUUGCUAAAUGCUACAGUGCUCUGGUGUUUAUUGAAAAUAUGUAGGCUUUAAAAAAAUUAACAACAUAUUCAAACCUGUUUUUUAAGAUUUGGAAAAAAAAUGAGUUUUUGAAUAAGAGAAAAAGAUGCCAUAGGAAAGUACAGAGAGAUGGACUAACACAUUGAUGGAUUGGGUAUUUUCAUGGCAUUUCUUGGCAAUAAGAAAAAUAUAGAACAAUGUCGAUUAAUUAGCCGAGGAAUUCUAAGAAAUGCAUUUCGGUCUUUUCGGUGACUAAAAUUGGACCCAACUUGAACAUUUCCAUGGGGAUCGGUCAUUAUUGUGACAUGAGGCUAAGUGUAUUUUGCUAUGACACUAAUGACAGGUGGCUGCAGGCCACAGUGAUGGAAAGAAAAGACGGAGGUGGAGGGAAACCUUUGUCACUUGAUAAUACAAAAUCGUAAUGUCUCUAAAGAUUUAUGUCAUAUUUAGCUGGCUUCUUUGAGCUGUUGAAUUUUUUAGUCUGAAGUUGUACCCCAUUCACGAGUACAGUUGUACAAAGUAAAAAAAAAAAAUGCAGUUGACCAAGGUGGUUGUUCAAAUUUAAUCUGGUUUUCCACUAAUUGUCACUGGGCAGGUAAAUAUUGUGUUAUUAAUUUUUUUAUUAAAAAGGCGGCUGGUAACAGAACAUGAAAAUCUUUUUUUUCUUUUUUUUUAAAUACAUGGAAAAUUAUAUUUGAGCACUUUACUACCCUAUAAUACAGUAUUUUGUUCUGAUUGUAAUGUAAAAUGAUUGUGUUUGGAAUCAAGUGUACAAAAGGCCAAUAAUCAUAGAGCUAAUGUUGUAAUUCUUUGUUUUGAAAUACCUCUCAUGGAAGUAUACAAUGUGUGUGGUUGUCUUUUAUUUAUCUCGUGCCGAAAUGUACUCAGUGGAGUCAGCAUUGGUCUUCAUGCUUUAGAUACAGUAUGUGAGCCGUGUUCGCCUUCUCAUCACUCUAUAGUGAUUUAGGCACGUUGUAGAUAUCAGUGUAAACUUGGAAUAAAAUAGUUUUUGGUC